CCUCCGAUAUUUUUCACUGGACCAUAGAAAACUACCUUCUUCAUCGUUAAGAAGAACGAGUCGAGCGACUCACUGAGUCAUUUCAUCAUCGUCCGAGUCUGACCAAUUCUUCAUCUUCCUCCCAUGGAUUCUCGCGCGAGCUCGUGUUAUGCUCCAUUCACGUCUUCCUCUUCCAUUUUAUUUCCCAGAAGAAUCCUCCCCUCCAGACCUGCUCACUUCUCUCUCGCCUCCAAAAGUAACGACAGCGAAGCCGAUCCUGAAUCUGCAUCGAAGGACGUGAAAAGUGUUCCGAUUCUCAAAAAUCUCAACCUCUCUCUCUCCCCACUCUCAAAGGAUGCGGCAAUGGGUUUGGUGCUGAGCGCAGCUGCGGGAAGAGGGUGGACGACAGGUUCAGGAAUGGAAGGCCCCCCCGUUCCUGAUGGGAGUGAGGCCAAAUCAAGCACCGAGAAUGUCUCUACUUUCCCAUGGUCUCUCUUCACCAAAUCUCCUCGCCGUCGGAUGCUUGUGGCUUUCACGUGUAACAUCUGCGGCCAGCGGACGACACGGGCUAUCAACCCCCACGCUUACACUGAUGGCACAGUCUUUGUGCAGUGUUGCGGAUGCAGUGCUUUUCAUAAGCUUGUGGAUAACUUGAACCUUUUUCAUGAGAUGAAUUGCUAUGUGAACCCUAGUUUUAGUUACGGAGGUAAUGGCUGGGAGGACAUGAAUUUCAAAUACAUGGACGUAGAAGACGAAGAUGACAUAUUUCCCAUUCAAUGAGGUGGAUUGCUACUGGAAUUUGUAUAUUCUGUACUGGUAUAUUGAAAACUUUUAGCUCAGAUUUUCAUUUUAAGUAUCCUAUAAAGGUUUUCUCGUAGGAACCCAUUUUUAAAUAUUCUAUUAUCUGGAUUCUAAUAAAGGGAUACAUGUUGAUGGUGAACUCACUAGUCAUAUAGAAUCUUUUCUCAUUUGUAUCAUUACUCUUUAACAUUGAGCAAUACAUACGUGUGUGUACAUAUACACAAUACAGAGCUUGGAUACAA